GAAAAGGAAGUAAAUUUUGGUUCACAUGGAAUGUUGAAUUAUUAUCAAUAGAUUCUUCAUUAUCAAAUUCUACUCAUUUUGAUCAAAUAAGUAGUUAUAUAUUACCUAAUAUUACAAAACAAAAACGAAUAUUAAUCAUUCAUCCACUUGAAGACGUGAGAAAUGCAAUGUUGAAUUAUCUUAAAGCAAUUGAAAAAGUUGAUGCAUUUAAUACUUUUGAUAAAGGUAUUAGUGCAGCAAAAAAUUGUAGAGAAUUGAAUACUCAAUCUGCUUAUGAUAUAGUAUUUAUUGGACUUUAUGAAAAUAAUGAAGAAGGGGUUAUGAAAGCAACAUUAGAAUUAAGAGGAUUAGAAAUGAACAAUAAUAAUUUAGUAAUAAUCUUUAUAAUAUUUCCAAAUAAUGAAGAAAAUGAAUUAGCAGAAAAAUUAAUUGGAAAAGUUGGUGGAACAGCUACUGUUCUUCAUACUCCAAUUACAUGGAAAAAGUUAACUAAUUUGUUUAUGUAUUUGGAGAACAACAAUAAUAAGAGCCUGCAUGUAAAUGAAAAUAUUUUGAAGAGAGUAGCAAAUCAAGAUAUAUAUGAAGACAUAAUAGAUAAUGAUUCCAAGUUGAGCAAGUGUAUUUUAUGUGUGGAUGAUAAUUCUAUUAGUCUAGAG